GUCUCUUCAUCAUUUUCUGUGGGUUUUUACGUCGUUUCUUGGUGGGUCUCUUUGUCAUUUCUUGGUGAGUCUUCAAGUCAUUUCUUGGUAGGUCUUCACAUCAUUUCUUGGUGGGUUUUCACGUCAUUUCUUGGUGGGUUUUUACAUCGUUUCUUGGUAGGUUUUCACGUCAUUUCUUGGUGGGUUUUCAUGUCAUUUCUUGGUGGGUUUUCAUGUUGUUUCUUGGUGGGUUUCUAUGUUGUUUCUUGGUGGGUUUCUAUGUCAUUUCUUGGUGAGUUUUCACGUCAUUUCUUGGUGGGUUUCUACAUCGUUCUUGGUGGGUUUCUACAUUAUUCUUGGUAG